AUGUCACGUCUGAAAAGCAGAUACGCUGCUCAAGACGAGAGUUCUGGAAGUGUAUUCGACGAGAAACAAUCUUCGAAUGGAGUCGCAGUGGAUGGUCCGGCAUUGUCUUCAUCGAAUAUGACGCCAUCGUUUUCAUCACCAGGUCAGCGAAUACUGUUGAGCCUUUUUAGCAACACUGCUUACAAAUAA